CUGCUUGUGCUGUGGUCACAUGACGUGUAUGUAGUGCGGCUACAACGCGGAAGGAACGAGUACCGUCCAAACAUGUACACAAACUGGCCGCAAAGCAUUUGACAAGUAAAGGGGAAAAAACCUAAUGGAUUUUGAGCUCGACAUUACAGGCACCUUAAAACGCAAAAGCUGUAGAGUGGCUGUAAAAAGCGAACACAAGUAUUCCAAAUGAAAACCUUACUCAUCACCACUGAGAGCGCCGAAGUCCUCUUCCACUGGACUGACCCUGAGUUCCAGCACAAUAUCCAGCAACAGUAUGGCACGGCCCAGGAGGAAGGCCAGAGGCUUCCAGAUUUUGAAGAUAGCAUCAGCACUUUGUUGGCCCCCAUCAUCAUCUCCUGCAGCUCCUUGGUCGACCGGCUGGGGGACAGCUACACUUGCUUCACCACGGAGAACAAUCACAUCUAUGUACUACACCAGUUUGACGAGUGUCUCUACAUCGCUGUGAACGGAGACGGAGAGGAGGCGGAGGAUGAUCUGAGGAGGAAGAUCUAUGUGACCAAGAAGAUGAUUGAGGUGCUCUUCGGUAUGGUCACCCUCAGCGGUAGCCUGAUCAGGAGAGAGUUGCGUCCUCAAGACACGAAGCAAAGGGCUCAUCUUUGGAAACAUCUCCAGAGCCUGCUGGACACCUACAACCACCUCAAGGAGAACGACCAGAGCUUCUUAGUGGAGGCGGUGGAGAGGCUGAUCCACCCCACGCUGUGCGAGCAGUGUAUCGAAUUCCUGGAGCGCCGUUUAGUUCAGCAGCUCAACAGCAGCGUGGAGCGGGCGGGCGAGGAGGUGCAGCAUGCUUUUAUCCUGGUGCACACCAAACUACUGGCCUUCUACUCCAGCCGCACUGCGAGCACGCUCGCCACUUCAGACCUCUUGGUCCUCAUCAUCAUGGCCCAAAACAUGUAUCCUAGCAACAUGGACCAAGAUGACCACACCUCUGAGGAUGUUGAUAGUACAAGCGGCUCAGGACCAGAGAGCUUUUACACACCUCAGCCUUCCCCUACUGAUUCCAGCAGUUCAGAAAAACAAGCAAGAGAAGAUACGACGGUGUUUGAGUUUGUGGAUCCGGACAUUCACAUGGCAGAAGACAGCCUGCACACUUUGGAUGUCCCUCCACCUGACCCGUCCACACCCCACAGGGUGUUUCUGGAAGUGUCCCACAAGGAGGGGCUGUAUCCCAUGAUGCCUCACUCCAUGUACUGUCUGCCCCUGUGGCCCGGCAUAACGCUGGUGCUGCUCACUAAGAUUCCCACCAGCGCAGUGGCGGCGUCCGUCUACAUGUUCCUGGAGGCCUUCGCCAAGCUGGAGAAGCGUUUGAGCGAAGGCCAGGAAGGGUCGUCUGCUACUAGAAGUCAACCAACGAUCCACGACAUCCGAAGCAAACUGGACAAGUUCAUCAAAGUUCUGGGGCCCAGUGACAUUCAAUCCGCACAGUUACAAAACGUCUGGAGCGAAUUCAAGAACCGAGCCUAUUCCCGAGGUGGACCUGGCUUCAGCACAGAUCUCAUCCCGUGGUGUAAGAGCAUGAAGACCCAGCUGUGUGGCAUUUACCGCCAGUGCUUCCUCAUUGACUCCGGACCGGCCGACGUUCCUCGGAAACUCUCGCCCACUCUGCAAGAGCGAGCGCAGACGAUGCUGCAGGAAAAGCUGAUCGACUGGAAGGACUUCUUGCUCGUGAAAAGCAAGAGAAACAUUACCAUGGUGUCAUACCUGGAGGACUUCCCGGGACUCAUCCACUUCAUCUGCGUGGAUCGAUCCACGGGCCAGAUGAUAGCGCCUUCCCUCAAUGUCACUGAGCGCACAACAUCGGAGCUGGGCAAAGGGCCGGUAGCUCAGUUGAUCAAAAGCAAGGUUUGGAGGCUGGUGAGCACAACGCGGCGCUACCUCCAAAAGGGUUACUCCACUGUCACGCUACGAGACGGCGACUUCUAUUUCUGCUACUUCCUCUGGUUUGAAAAUGAAACCGGCUACAAAUUGGAGGCGGUGGAAAUGCCCGUCUUAUCCGAUGACUCCGCCCCUAUCGGGAUGCUUGCCUGGGACUACUACAGGAAGUUGCUGCGCUAUUACAGUAAGAGCCACCAGGGCGAGGUGGUGAAGUGUUACGAGCUGCUCACAGUCCACCUGGGCGUCAUCCCCACUGACAUCAUCUUGCAGCACUGCCGACAGUUGGCCAGCAAACUGUGGGAGCCCUCGCGCAACCCACUCCUCUAGACCCUCGGCUAAGAGCACACCGCACACUGUAUGAUGAACCUUUUGUUGUUUUGCACAUUUGAAGAUUUUAUCAGUACACCUUCAUGACAGUUUCCUUUUUUUCUGCCACCAACUGCUUGGAUAAGUAAUUUGACCGUAUUUUAUUUCUAUUGUUGUGGAUGAAAAAUGCAAUACCUACCCCAAUGCUAACACAAUGUGAACACCUCAAAC